AUGCCCAGCACAUGGAACCGCUUCAAGAGCCUCUUUAGUGAUGGAACCACCAGCCGACGCGAGUGGCUCCAUGAGGAGGAGAGAGCCCUUUUGCCUAGCCAUCGGAACCAGAACAUCGCGUCUGCUAUCCCUCCGGCCGAGGUCAUGAAGGUUUGCCUGCGAUUGCGACAUUUGAUCCGCGAAUGCGUCCCUUGCGAGCUUGAAGAAAGUGCUAUCACGCGAUCCCAUAGCACUGUCAUCACCAGCAAGGUUGUACAGGCGGCUAAGGAAGCUGGCGGCCAGAAAUACCGAUCAUGCGUUGUGUAUGCCCUGCUUGUUAAUAUGCGUUGGUUUAAACGCGAAGCCAUUCUCGAGCUAUGGGAUGCCGAUCUCCACGAUUUGCGCGCUGUUGCCUGCACUGUCAUCGCCAAGCAGAUUAUCGAGGGAGAGGAGGAUAUCGAUUACCUCCUGCAUCACGUUCUUCUCCGUCGGUACUCUUUCCUCAUUGACCAGGUCCCUACAGCCCCAACCAAUGUCAUUGAGAAGGCUGUCGACCUACACGCAGUUCGGGUCAUUGGCUCCUCUGGUUAUCAGAAAUGCAUUGCCUAUCUCUGGCGUGGCUGGCUAGUCCAGGACGAAGAUGAUCCCUCCGAGUUUGUCGACUACAAGAACAAAGCAAACACCAGCCUAGUUGUCCACAUGGACCCCGAUCGUAUGCGUGCACCUCGCUACCAGAAUGCUGCCCAGUUGCUAUUCUCCAUCAUAUAUCUUGGUCUGUACACGGCCGCAGUCAACUCUGCCAAUGCAUCAGGAGUACUGGAUGGUGCUGAGAUUGCGCUCUACAUCUUCACCUUUGCCUAUGUCUGCGACGAGUGCCUCAAAUACUACAAGGCUGGUUACCACAUCCUGGGAUUCUGGAAUGUUUUCAAUUUCGUCCUUUACUCCUUCUUGACUGUAUCAUUGGUUCUACGCAUCAUAGGACUGGCAUACAAGGACAAUGAUGAUGUGCAUAAGAAGUACAACGAGCUCAGCUAUAAUCUGCUUUCUUUUGUUGCGCCCAUGUUUUGGUCCCGCCUCUUGCUCUAUUUCGACAGCUUCCGUUUCUUCGGCGCCAUGCUAGUUGUGCUGAAAGUUAUGAUGAAGGAAUCUCUCAUCUUCUUUGCCUUGCUUAUCGUUGUCAUCAUUGGCUUCCUCCAGGCAUUCAUCGGUCUCGAUAUUGCUGAUGACAACAUUAUGGGCGAUACCUGGUUCAUCAUUGAGUCUAUGCUCAAGGCUAUCAUGCAGAGUCCCGAGUUUGAUGGUUUUGAUGAUUUUGGGCAUCCAUUCGGUCUGAUUCUCUACUACUGCUUUACUUUUGUUGUCAUGAUUAUUCUCCUCAAUAUCCUCAUUGCACUUUACAACUCGGCCUACGAGGAUAUCUAUGAGAAUGCCGAUGACGAAUAUCUCGCACUGUUUGCGCAAAAGACGAUGCAGUUCGUCCGAGCUCCUGAUGAGAAUGUUUAUAUCGCCCCUUUCAACCUGGUCGAGAUCGUCAUUUCGGGACUGUUUGAGUGGUGGGUACCAAAGUCCACUUACGAAUUCAUCAAUGACUGCGUCAUGGCUACUCUAUACUCCCCUCUUCUCUUUAUUGCCGCCAUUUUCGAGAGGCGAUCUGCACGAAAGAUUCGACACAACCGCUCACGAGGCGAGGAGGACGACGAUCAGAUCAAUGAGUGGGAACAAUUUCACGAGGGCCUUGACAUGGAAGGUGAAGGCUGGACCAAGACUUGUGAGGCCGUCAAACCUAAUGUGGAAGACGAGCCUGCUGUCAUUGAAGUCCGCAAGCUGCGAGCUGAGAUGGAAGAACUCAAGGCGAUGAUUUCUCAACUCACAAACACCAAAGUAAGUGAUGAUGAUACCAUAACGGGCUCAAAGAAUGGAAAGGAGCUAGCCGCUGAAGACAACGAUACCCAAGAGAUCUCCGAGGCCGCUGAGACCCAGGAUGCGCCAGACACGUCGGAUACCCCAGAGGGAGAAGGGGCUUCUGGUGAUCAAAAGCAGGGCAAGAAAAACAAGAAGAAGAACAAGAAGAAGGGCCCAGGCGGAUCCAGUAACUAG